AUGCGCUAUUGCGGUGAUUGGCAUAUCCGCUACAUCCUCAUCACGCAUGCCCACUUCGACCCGGGUGGCGAAGAUAUCUUGGCCGCAGGAGAAGUGAAGCGAAGUGCAGAGGAGAAGUCCAAGAAGAAGACGUUGAUCGCACUGCAUCCGAACGAUCGCCACAUGUAUGACCACCUCGGCCUCCAGUGCUGCUCUUUCGGCGUACCGCUGGAGCAGUAUGUGCCGUCUGCCAAAGACAGCAAAGACGAGAGCGGGGACGUCGCGUCCUACACGCUGCCGCCGCCGGACGUAGAGUUGAAAGACGGUCUGGAGCUGAGCCUCGCUGAAGACUCGAUCAAGUGUAAAGUGAUGCACACACCAGGCCACUCGCAGGGGUCGUGCUGCUUUCUACUCCAUCACAGUGGCUCGAAGACGGCGCUGCUCUCGUCAGGCGACACCCUGUUCUGUGGUAGCGUCGGUCGAUCCGAUCUUCCAGGUGGAGACGGAGCGCAGUUGCUACAGUCCAUUCAGGCCAAGCUGUACGUGCUUCCGGACAAGCUGAUGGUUGUACCCGGCCACGGCCCCUUCACGACCAUCGGCCACGAGAAGAAGAGCAACCCGUUUGUUCGUGGCUCACGCACCGGCGCUCGGCUGUGA